AAUUGUGAACGCGGCCUUUAUUUUAUCGCUUUCGCUUUUUGAAUAAGAAAAAUUGUGAGUUUAGUUAAAUUUCUGUUGUCAUGUAACUCGUAUUACAAAUAACUAAAAUAAAUAUUGGUGUUUUCAUUUUUAUUUGGUUUUGCUGUUAUUUCUUUUGCGAGUGUUCGUAAAUUGUAUUCAUUCUUUGCGGUUAGAGGAAAAUUUCCAGAAUAAUAUCAAAAUGGUGGUGAGAUGGUACAGAUUCAGGAAAUAUCAAAUUGUGAUUUUAUUUAUAUUGAUAUUGUGCAUCUUAUAUUAUAUAUCACUGCAAGAUAAUCUUGAUAGAGAGGAGAAUUUAGACAUAACAAGACGUAUAGAACCUCUGCGUAGUUUAAAAUUGAGCCGUGCACCUACUUUUGAAUAUCCAAAUGCACAUCAUUUAGGUCCUAAUGAUUUAUAUAACAGAAAGUCAGUGAUCGAAUAUAUAGAAGAAAAAUUAGAAGAAGCGUUGAAGGAAGACAAAGGUACAGGAUGUGAGAUACCAAAGUUGGAUCCCUUUGCCAAGGAAGUGACAAAAUUUGACAAGAUAUUGCCUAAAGUUGUAUGCCAGGGUAAAGAUUGGGUUAAAUGUUAUCAUUCAGAAUGCAGAGUGACUAAGGAGAUAUUAGAUACAACUACAGAUAUCGAAUGUAUAUAUAACGAUAUUAUAUACAUAAAUGAUGGAGAAUAUGUUAUUGGUGAAGAUAUAACAGUAAAAGGAAAUAACUCUUAUGUACUAACGAGAAGUGACCACGUUAAAGUUAAAUGUAUAGGAAAUCAUAUAGAUAGCAUAUUACCAUCAAAAUGGAAAGGUCAUAGUUUAGGAUUUCGAUCCUCUGUCCACCCCAAAACUCCACCACAGGGUAGAGAAAAUACUCUGAACGUCUUAAUAUUAGGAUUUGAUUCAACUUCUCAUAAUGGUUUUGUUCGACGAAUGCCGAAGAGUUAUCAGUUUUUAAAAGAUGAAUUUAAAGCAACUAUAUUACAAGGUUAUAAUAUAGUUGGUGAUGGUACCCCUGCAGCUUUGUUUCCAAUAUUAACUGGUAAAACGGAACUAGAAUUGCCCGAUGUUAGAAAGAAAAUGAACAACAACGGUAGUUUGGAUUCUAUGCCGUUCAUUUUUUAUAAAUUACAUGAAGAUGGAUAUCGUACUGCAUAUUUUGAAGAUAUGCCAUGGAUUGGUACAUUCCAGUACCGUUUCAAAGGUUUCAAACAUCGUCCAGCGGAUCAUUAUUUGAGAGAUUUUUAUCUAGAAGAAUCCAAUGGUGGUAAAAAAUGGUGGAAUGUAGGAUCAAGUAAUAGAUAUUGUGUAGGAGACACGCCGCAGUACAAACUUAUGCUUAAUAUAACUGACCAAUUUCUAAAGUUGGAUGGAAAGAAAUUCUGUUUCACUUUCAUAGCGGACAUCACACAUGAUAACUUCAAUAUGAUAUCCACAGCUGAUGAGGACCUGGUCGACUUCCUGCGAGGGUUCAGACAGGCUGGUCACCUGGAGCACACGCUGCUCAUGGUCAUGGGAGACCAUGGACCUAGAUACGCGUACAUAAGAGAUACAUUGCAAGGCAAAUUAGAAGAACGUUUGCCUUUAAUGGGUAUUGUGUUACCUGAAGUAUUGAAACGUGAGAGACCAUUCGUGGAGGAUGUACUGCGCACCAACGCGCAGGUGUUGACCACACCUCAUGAUAUAUACGCGACAGUACUCGAUGUACUCCACAUGAGGCAGCACUGGAACACGUACAGAGUCACAGGAGCUGAUCUAACUAGGGGACUCACUUUGUUGGAACCGAUACCAAAGAACAGGUCUUGUAGUGAGGCAGGCAUCGAGCCUCACUGGUGCGCCUGCCUCGCCUGGAGGAAUGUCACCGAGGAUGAUCCUCUCUAUCAGAGAACGGCUGAAGCGUUAGUUAAUUAUAUUAACUCUCUCACAGAGGAAGUUAGGGAGAAGUGCGUGCUCAGAACACUGACUUCCAUAUCUUGGGUGAUGCGUCAGCGCGGGAACAGUCGCAUGUUGUCGUUCGUAGCGGCAAAGGAUGGUGACGGAUAUGUCGGAAAGUUUGGUGCGAAAGUGCGCGUUCCCAGAGAGAACUAUCAAGUUAAAAUAAUUGUGGGUCCCAGUAAGGGUGUGUACGAAGCUUCGAUGCUGUACAUAGCCGCGGAGGAUAAGUUCGAGAUCAACUCACGUGAUAUAUCUAGAACUAAUGCUUAUAACAACGAGCCGAGUUGUAUAAGUGCGACACAUCCUCAUCUAAAUAUGUAUUGUUACUGCAACGACUGACCUUGGAAUGCACUCAAGGUCAACUUCAAUACAGUCAAGGUCAGCCACAAGGUCACGUUUAACAAUACCAAGGUCAUAUUCGACGGUGUCAAUGUCAGCUUCAACGAGUCCAACGUGACUGACAAUCCUAAAGUCACUUUCAACGUUUCAAGCGUGACAUAAUUUGGUGAUCAUUUAUUAUGCGAUUUGGG